CUCUCACAUGAACGCGCAUUGGAGAAGCUCGGCGCGCACCAGCAGCCCUGUUUGUUUGUGUUGAGAGAUUGGAAAUGGCGGAGAGCAGAGACCAAAAGCGAUAACUUGGGGUUUGCAUUAGCGUGUGCGCCGUCAUUGAAACGCUGAAACCACCAAAAACGAGUGAUUUAUCGGAGUUCCUCUCGGUUUGCAAGCUGCCGACGGGACACAAGAAGUCCGACACGGGGGUUUUCAAAACAAGGUUCGGGGAUUUUUUUUUUUUUUUUUUUUUUUUUUUUGUAGCAAAGCUGGGUUAGCUGAGCUAGGCUAACCGUGCUUGCUAGCUUCCAAGUCGUGUGUGUGUGUGAGUGUGUGUGAAUUUAACUACGCAGGCUUGUUUGUCAACAUAAGCUGAGGUUAAAUUGCGAGCCAGGCUAAGCACGCCAACUUUCACUCCCCCCCCCCCCCACCUCCAAGCUUGGUCUUGGGGUUGUUGUUUUUUUUUUACAACAUGUAUGUACGCAAUUUAGCUGACUGCAGGAAUCAUCUACCAAAGUAAAGAGUGGAUGCAAAAAAAAAAAAAAAAAAAGUCCUGACAUCUGAGUGAGUUAAGCUGGUUAGCUCGGUUGGCUAACUGGCUCGUUUUUACGCGCUGUCCUGUUACGCGCAUGGGAAUCAAUCACCCAGCGUGACACCUUUUAUUGCAAGAGGAUCUUUAUUUACAAGUCACGCUGAGAGGACAAACACAGUUGGAGGCCAGCAGGCUUCUCCCUGCACCUGGGAUGGUGCCAUGUGACAGAGCGGCUGUGGAGCCAUAACCCCACCAGCGCAGCUCCAUAAUCUCGACCUCCAAGCUGCUCGCCCACUGCUGAACUCGUCCUCCUCCUCCUCCUCCUCCUCCUCCUCCUCCCUUUAUCUUCGCUCUGAGCCCUGGACGAGGCCACCACAGCCACCACAUGACUCACCUACUGGAGCCCUAGAUCAAGUCAGUUGAAGCUGAAAAUGAGUGCAGUAGGGGAGAACCCUCUGGACCCUGCGACACCAGAGUCACGCAAGAGGAAGGUCUCACCAUGCGACACAUCAGGGCAGAGUGUGGAGAAGCGGAGACGGGAGCUGGAGUGCCACUACAUCGAGGAGCUGGCCGAGCUGCUGUCAUCCAACAUGGGCGACAUUGCCAGCCUCAGUGUCAAGCCCGACAAGUGCCACAUCCUCAAGAGCACCGUGGACCAAAUCCAGCAGAUGAAACGGCGCGAGCAGGAGAAAGCAGCCCUUCUGUCUCCGGAUGACGAGGUGCAGAAGAGUGACAUCUCAUCCAGCAGCCAGGGGCUGGUGGAGAAAGAGGCCCUGGGGCCCAUGCUGCUAGAGGCCCUCGAUGGGUUCUUCUUCGUCGUGAACCGGGAGGGCCGCAUCGUCUUUGUCUCCGAGAACGUGACGGGUUACCUUGGAUACGGCCAGGAGGAGCUGAUGACCUCGAGUGUGUACAGCAUCCUCCACGUGGGAGACCACAAUGAAUUUGUCCGUAAUCUGCUGCCCAAAAGCCUGGUGAACGGCGGGCCGUGGCCUCAGGAACCUGCCCGGAGGAACAGCCACACGUUUAACUGUCGCAUGCUGAAGCGGCCGCCGGAUGAGUUGGACUCGGAAAAUCCCGAGGCUCGACAACAAUACGAGAUCAUGCAGUGUUUCACCGUGUCCCAACCGCGCACCUUGCAGGAGGAGGGAGAUGACCUGCAGAGCUGCCUGAUCUGUAUCGCCUGUCGGAUGCCUCGCACUCAGCCUUUCAACACUGAGUCUUUCAUCACCAAGCAGGACCCCACAGGGAAGAUCAUCUCCAUAGAAACAAGUGCUUUGCGAGCGACGGGCCGGCCUGGCUGGGAGGACCUGGUCAGGAAGUGCAUUUACGCUUUCUUUCAGCCGCAGGGCAAAGAGCCCUCCCACGCCAAGAAGCUGCUGCAUGAGGUGAUGACCCACGGCACGGCCAUCAGCCCGCUGUACCAUUUCACGUUAAGUGAUGGAACCCCGCUCAGCGCUCAGACCCGCUGCAAGUUCUGCUGCCCCCCCAACCCUGAUGUUCAGCCCUUCAUUAUGGGCAUUCACACUAUUGACAGGGAACACAACACUGCUAGCUCUCAGGAAAACACUAACCCCAGCCUUCCACCCAACCUCGGCAGCCUUGCCCAGACUCCCUCCCGCUCCCCUUCCCUUCCCCCCGGCAGCAACUGGACUCAAGGCUCCGGCGUCGCCGCUGCUGCCAACAACAGCAGCGGCAACGCCUCCUCUCACGGACACAACUCAACCACACCCACAGGCUACCUGACCCCCAACCGGACCUGUUCCCAGCAGGUCAACAGCCCCUCCCCUCUGAACAGCCCACUCACAGCCACCCCUACCUCUUUUAUGUCGCCCAGGAUGCCACGGGCCAGUCCUGGGUCAGUGGGGAGCCCUCGGGUACCGGGGAACCCCUUCUCUCCUUCCACACAAGGCCUCAAUUCCCCGACGGGGGCUCUCAGCAGCGGGGGCGGCCUUAACCGGCAGCUUUCCGCUGGUGAUAGUAGUAGUAGUAGUAGUAGUAGUAGUAGUAGUAGUAGUAGUAGUAGUAGUAGCGGCGCCAACGGUGGCUCGACGGGGUCCUUCUCCCUGUCCUCUCCUGCCUCCCAGAGACAAGCCAGUACGCCCGCCGGCACCCCUACCCGGCCUCCAUCUGCAAAACCUCCAGAGGACAUGGAAGGAGGGGGAGAGGACUCUGUAAAAGCCCCCCUUCCUUCUGCCUCGCCGCUGGGAAACCCCAGACACAAUCCGCUCCUGGAAAGCAAUGGGACAGGAGUGGAAUCCAACAACAACAACAACAACAGCAUCCAUUGCACCUCAUCACCUCAUCCUCCGACCCCUGUUCCUCAGUGCCCUGCCUCACACAGUACUCUGACUGAGCGACAUAAGAUCCUGCACCGGCUGCUCCAGGACAGCAGCCCCAACGACACGACCACCACCUGUACCUCAGAGGACGGAAUCAACAAGAACCAAGUGGACAUCAAGAAGGAGCCGCCGGCCAGUCCUGCACUGGUCAAUGCGGGUCCUAAGUCCAACUCCAGAGAGCCUCAGGACCACCAGCUGCUCCGGUUUCUACUGGAUACAGACGAAAAGGACUUGGGAGACCUGCCGCCUCCGUCUGCCCUCAGUCUGCAGACGGUCAGAGUGAAGGUGGAGAAGAGAUCCAGCGGGGAGGGGCCGCUCUGUAUCGGGUCCACUGCUCCGUCAGUGGGUGCAUCCAAAGCUGCAGGAGUCUCCAGCAGCCCAUCCUGCAUGAGCCCCAAAUCGAGCCCCGUCGGAGAUAACCGCAGAGACAGCCGCAGGGACAGCCGGGACUCCACGAUGUCGGGUGGCCCUGUUGACAUGGACCCUCUCACCCAGCUGCUGCCCGGCCUGAGAGGCCCGAGCGGGGCCAAGCAGGGCGGCGAGGAUCCAACAACCCCUGGAGGAGGCCCCCAGCUACACUCUCCGGCCCCCCAACGCCCAGCUCAGCUCCAGUCCCCCGUGCCUCAGCUCCAGUCCCCCCUGUCCCAGCAGCCCCAGACCCUUCCCCAGUUGCAUUCGCCGUCACCGCAGCUCCACUCCCCCUCCCCCCAGCUCAAACUGCAGUCGCCCACUCAGCUGCAGCCCGGUGAGGCCAGCACUCCCCGCAACGUCAAUGUGAAGAGAGAGCCUCCAGGCACUCCUAACCGAGGUCUCAGUGAUGGCGGCCCGCCCUCCGUCUGCAGCCUCCAGAGUCAGUCAUCCUUUGAUUUCUGCAGCCCGCCCACUCCAGGCCAGACUCAGGCCCAGGGACAGGGAGACCUCUACCAGACCCCCAAAGACAGCAGCCCCUUUCCUGAGGCGGAAAUCAUCAACCCCUUCAGUUCGAGCACUGGCUUAUCUAAGAUGGAUGUGGGAGACUCCCAGUUCCAGCCUCUGGCCCUGUCUGAUACCUUGACCUUUGACGGUCUUGGAACACCUUUACAAGCUCCCUUAUCGUCACCUCAAGAGCAGUGUGUUCCCUGCACGCUGGACGAAGUGCUGGGCCCUCCGACCACACCCGAGGGACGAAACGAUGAGAAGGCUCUGCUGGAGCAGCUCGUCUCCUUCCUCAGUGGGACUGAUGAGAGUGAACUGGCUGAGCUGGAUAAAGCCCUGGGGAUCGACAAACUGGUACAGGGCGGCUGCUUUGACCCUUUGCCCCAAACCUUUCCAACCCAGCAGCCCACUGCCUCCCCCGUCACCUUGGACCCUAAACUUCCCACCUACCCCACCCAGUUCACAGCAGCUCCACCAGCUCAGUUCCCUCCAGAGCUGGCCACCGUGGGGCCACAGGGUCUGGGCUUCGGAGCACCUCGUGCGGCGUUCCCUGCUGGGGUGACGGGCAUGGGGCUGAGGCCGGGAAUGACACGUCCACAGGGGGUGAACCCCGGGCUGAGGCUGCCACCCAACCAGCUGCGCCUGCAGCUGCAGCAGAGACUGCAGGGCCCACAGCAGCUCCAGAACAGGAUGGCAGGCAUCACCCAGUUUCCAGGAGGAGCUCAGCAUGUGAACAUAGGGAUUCGUCAGGGGGUUCAACAACCUCAAAUGCCCUCACAGCAGCCUCCGCUGAACGCCCAGAUGCUGGCCCAGCGUCAGAGAGAGCUCUACAGCAUCCAGCACCGGCAGCGCCAGCUCUUUCAGCAGAAGGUCAUGCUGAUGAGACAGAACCUGGCGGGCACUCCGACCGGAGCCGUCGGGACCAUCGGAACCGUCCGAGUCCCGAAAGGUUCCCCAACAACGCCUCAACCACCGCCGCCGCCGCAGCAGCAGCAACAACAACAACAACAGUUCAGCUUCCCACCAGGGUACAGCCCCAUGACGGGAAAAUCCCCUACCUCACCGAGUCACUUCAGCCCCAUGAGCGGGAGUCCUCUGGACAACAAACUGACCGCCAGAGUUCCUCUCAGUAACCAGACGCUGAUUGGCGCCGUGCAGGGUCCGUUCAACAGCAGCGUGAACCCGUCUCUGCAGCAGGGUCUGUUUCAGCAGUUUGGAGGGUCUGCUUUAGUCCAGCAGGACCCACCUUUCCCUCCCGAGAUGAGCCCGACCAGCCCGCUACUGUCACCUCAAAACUCCGCCUCCCAGAGUCCUCUGCUCCAGCAAGCCCCGCCUCCUGGCUACCAGUCACCAGAAAUGAAGAGCUGGCAACAGACGGGCGUGGCCAGCAACAGCCUGUUCAGUCAGUCAGGACAGAGCGCAGGGCAGGCUUUCGGCCAGCAGGGGGUUUACAACAACAUGAGCAUCACCGUCUCCAUGGCCGGAGGCUCGGGCGCCGUCGGCUCGUUACCUCCCAUGGGGCAGACGGUCGGCUUGAGCAACAGUAACCUCAGCAACGUCGCCUCGGUGUGCAGCGACCAGCAGGUGCAGCAGGUUCAGGUGUUCGCAGACGUCCAGUGCACCGUCAACCUGGUGGGCGGCGACUCCUACCUGAACCAGGGCCCCAUCGGCGCCGCCGCCGCCUCCCAGAAGGGCCCCGCGCCCCCGGGCUCCCAACAGAACAACCAGGCCCAGCAGAAGAGCCUCCUCCAGCAGCUGCUCACCGAGUGACGGCCCCCCCGCCCGCUCUCCAGCUCUGCUGCUCUACCCUCUCUACUUCUCACUUCUACGCCUCCUCCUCGGAGGUCGGUGCACCAGACCCAUUGCUGUCUCUGUCUCACCUUUUUGGAUGGAAGGAUGGAUGUUUGGACGGGCCUCAGCCACGACGGCUCGGAGAGGUCGGCGGCGGCGGUCGUCGGGCCUCGUCACAUCUGUGCGGCAUUGGUGGAUUCGGGGGGGCCCGGUUUGUUUGAAACCGCCCCCAAGAACUUAACGGAAAAGACUCAAGUCAGAAGGAGCAGCAGUGUAUUUAAAACCUGCCUGUCUAAUCUGUCUGACAACCUGUCUGUCUGCCUCAGCCUAUUAAAGGCAGUGUUGUCUUGCUGCUCAUUCCUCGGUGACCUACUUCCUGCUUCCUGACCCAAGAAAACAAACCGCGACAUCAUUUGUAGAUUUGCCAAGUUGUCGUCACUGUCAAAUCAGGGCCGGCCUCCUCCUCCUCUUUUUUUGUUGUUGUUGUUGUUGUUGUUGUUGUUGUUUGUUUUUCUUUCUCUGCUGGACCGUCGCGGCAGCAGCAGCAGCAGCAGCAGCAGUGCAUCUUGGGAGCAUGAGUUCCAGCGUACAGCUGAGAGCUCUUUUAACGUGUGGGAUUAUCCCACACAUCAGCAGCACCUCUGGCUUUUUUUUUUUUUUUUUUUUUUUUUAAAUUAGAGUUUUUUCUCCGACCUGUCUCUCAGCGAUGUGGGAAUGUUUUAAGGUUUCAGACCUCUGUGGCAUUGUGGGAUAGAAGCUCAGUAUCAGCUGGUUCUGAGACUGUCUCUCUCUAUCAGCUACAGUGCCUGGUGGAAGUUUGAGUUUUUCCCGAGCUCUGCUUCUUCUUCUUCUUCUUCUUCUUCUUCUUCUACUACUACAUAUUAUUCUAUCUCCUGUUUUUAUUUUUUUUUGGUGGAAUUGUUUUUGUUUUAAAAAAAAAAAAAAAUCUUCUGCUCUCACCGUCAUCAUCAUCUUCAUCUUCAUGAUCAUCAGAACAAGCUUUGACAACAGCCAGAACGGAGACGGAUUAAUGGAUGGAUGGGAUGGGAUGGGAGACAGACGGGAUGCUGCUCAGUUUGGAACUUAUGUGUGUUUCUUCCCCCGACAGGAGGAAGUUUUUAUUUUUUAUUAUUUUUCAAAGUAUAAAAAGAAAAUGAGACUGUUAUAAUUAUUUAACUGUCUGUCCGUCACAUUUUACCCCUCACCUCAGCAGCUGUGAAUACAGAGCCCUGUUGGGUUCUCUCUCUCUCUCUCUCUCUCUCUCUCUCUCUUUCAUGCUCUCUCUCGGCCUAUCAGUGUUGUUUGCCAUGUUGUGCACCAUGCAGGCGGGUAGUAUUGUACAGAACAGAAGGACAAAGACUUUGGGGGGGGGGCGAGCUCACUCUUCUCUUGUAACUGCUUUCCUCUGAGAAAAAGAAAAAGAAAAGAAAAGUGUAAUUAAUUGAUGACUCAGAACAGCAAAACGAUGUAUAAUGUGAUUCGAUCCAGGUUUCUUAUUUUCCUUUUUUAAGUUUCCUUUCAUUUUUAAUUCUAAGAACGUCACCUCGUAGAUCAUUUUUUAUUUCGGCGUCACGAUAUUGUAAAAAAAAAAAAAAAAAAACGCUACACGAGGAGGAAGUCAAUCCAACUUCUGAAAUGUGAAAAGUUAAAUUUGAUUUUUUUUUUAAAAACACGGCUAGGUUUUGCUUCAGCACGACAAGAAGCCACGACUUUCUGAACAGGAAAGAAAAGAAAAAAAACGGAGGUGUUUGCUUUCUCUUGUGGUGACCAGGGAGCCAUCUUCUCUCGCGUUCCUUUUUUUCUUCUUCUUAUGUACAAUUCUUUCAAGAGACAGUACAUGUGUUGUAACCAUUGUAUUAAAAAAAAAGUCAAAGACAAAGUCAAACAAUACCUCAAACUGCGCUCUUUGCCGCGAUCGCGCGACCUUUGUUGAUGCUGACGGUACUUAGCCGCAUCGACAUUGCACACACGGUCGCGGCAAACAUCCAGCUCUCUGGGGAAUUGUUUCCUAUAUAAUGACAUUUAAGUAGAGGCUUUAGUAAUAGAAGUUCCUAACAAUGAUGUGAUGGAUCAUUCAUUUCCAGAUGUCAUGAAGUUGAAUCCAAACCGGGGCGGGGUUGAGUCGCCAAAAAAAAAAAAUUCUUUCAUUUCUCCUGCAGACCUGUUUUUUUUUUUUUCUACGUUUUUUGGGAUUCAACCCUCCCCUCCUUCCACCUCUGGUUCCCUGAUGAAGACUUCACUCCACUGGUGACAAACACACACACACACACACACACACACACAGUUUUCUGUUGACUACUGUUGCUCAGUCAGACACUGUGUCUCUCUGUUAACAAUCAAAGAAAAAGACCCACACACAUCCGCUUCUUAUCGUGCAUCAGGAAACUAGAAACCCUGCCGUGAUGCUGCCUCUAAAUAUCCUCUUUGAAUUAAAGUCAAGAUACACCAUCCAAGUGGAAUAUUAAAGCCUGCUUUGGGCUCAUUCUGACGACCAAACAACGAUACAGUCGGUGAAGGAUCCCGUCAACAUGGACUUGUUUUCGCUUCUGUAACCCCUCCCACAAGACUCACUUUUAAACUCAAUCUCAGCACUUUCCUGAAUCUACCUUAGUGUGUAUGUCACCUUAAUGUAACUAAACUUAUACCUCAAAGCUUACUGGUGAAAUCAAGUGUCCACACGCCUGCCAAGGGCCACAUGCAGGGAGGUCACCAGAGGGUCAAAAGUCAUUUCAGUGAGGAAAAACGAUGUUGAGUUUUUAACCACGCUUUGGUGCAGCUGCAGCUUCUCUCUCCUGCUCCUUCUGCUGUCUGCAUGUUGGAGCUGAACGAGGCGCGAGCUGACGCACAUGCGGAAUCUCGAUGGCCUCCCUAAACCCUGACCCCUGACCCCUGACCCCUUACGGACUUAAUUGACGACACCUGGAACGAGAUCGAGUGCACGAGGCUGCAUGGGCUCCAAAUGGUUUUAAUGCCAAUAAGACAGCACUUUGAGACUUCUCUGUAACCAUGACGACACGUGGCAUGUGGCAUUAGGUUGUUUUUUUUUUUUACUUUACUCGCUAUACAUGAUAUGUACCUUUUCUCCGUUGACGCCAGCUGCAUUAAAUAGUGUUAGCAUUAGGCUAACUAAAGAGCUAGUAUGCGGCCUUGUUUACAAGGAGUCAGUCAACCAUCCAACACUUUUUAUUGAAUUUGGCCGCUAAGAUUUGUGCUUGACUGGUGGAUAUUUCAUCUUCCUGUCACCUUGGCUUGUGACUCAACCGUUAAUUUAAAAUCCUGUUGGCGUGAGAAAAACAUUCUAGUCCGGUUUAGAGUGAUCAUCUUUGAUCUCACUACAUCGACAGCAGAAAACAGAGCACCUCACAUCUGAGGAGAUCUGUGUUUUCAGAAACCAUUUUCUGCUUUUCUGUUUCACUACAUUUCAGCACUUUAUCUUUGGUUAUUGACAUUAAACACGAGGGUCUGUGAGGAAUGAUCAGCAGUGAGGUGAAAGUCUGAAACUUAGCAGUGAGAGUGUAGUAUCGGUACUCAGUGUGUGAGUGUUUGUGUCGAUCAGAGAUGACACACUAAUAGAAAGUAAAGGUUGUGU